AUGGCGGCCGCCUGCCCCCCCACCCCCCCAAACCUCCACCCCCCCGUCUCGACCCCCUUCUUCUCGGCCGCCUUCGCCCAGCUCCCCGCAAAGCCCGGGCUGCUCCGCCCACCGCGCCCCGAAGCCCGAGUCCCGCAGCCGGCCGAGGUGGCGGCGGCAGAGCCGGCGGCACGGCGGCACGGCGGGGGGGGGCAGCACACAUGCCCGGAUUGUGACGUCCAGUCUGGUUGCUGUGGCAACCCCAUCCCAUCGUUCCGGCAGCGCGACUAG